CUUCUUUAGGGGGAUGGGCCCAGGCCCAGUGGAAAGCGCUGGGGAGGGCGUCCUCGGACUCCAGCUGGGCCACUUGGACGGCAAGGAGCCAGUCUACUCUCUCCCGACCCUGGCUCCUGUCCCCUUUCGCUGCCACGCGGGGUUGGGACUGGGGGAUGGGACUGGCAGGGGCGGCUGUAGGACGUCCCCGUCCAUGCGAAGUUUACCCCCGUUGAGCUCUGGGCUUUGAGAACAGCCGUCAGUGGCUAGGCUGAAGGUUGGGUUUAUGCAUUCAUCUCUCAGAAAUCUCAUCCAUUUUCUUUCUUCAUUCGCUCCUCCCUCACGUCUACUCUAUGCCAGGCCCAUUGGACACCAUGAAGCAGCUGCCAGUCUUGGAGCCUGGAGACAAGCCCAGGAAAGCAACAUGGUACACCUUGACCCCCCCUGGAGACAGCCCCUGUGCUCGGGUUGGCCACAGCUGCUCGUAUUUACCCCCAAUUGGUGACACCAAGAGAGGGAAGGUCUUCAUUGUCGGGGGAGCAGAUCCAAACAGGAGCUUCUCCGAUGUGCAUACCAUGGAUCUGGGAACACACCGGUGGGAUUUGGCCACCUCAGAGGGCCUCUUGCCUCGGUAUGAGCAUGCCAGCUUCGUUCCCUCCUGCACACCUCACAGCAUCUGGGUGUUUGGAGGUGCCGACCAGUCAGGAAACCGCAAUUGCCUGCAAGUUCUGAAUCCUGAAACCAGGACCUGGGCCACGCCAGAGGUGACCAGCCCCCCACCGUCCCCGAGAACAUUCCACACAUCAGCAGCAGCCAUUGGAAACCAGCUGUAUGUCUUUGGAGGUGGAGAGAGAGGUGCCCAGCCCGUACAGGAUGUGAAGCUGCAUGUGUUUGACGCAAACACUCUGACCUGGUCACAGCCAGAGACACUUGGAAAACCUCCAUCCCCCAGGCAUGGUCAUGUGAUGGUGGCAGUAGGGACAAAGCUCUUCAUCCAUGGAGGCUUGGCAGGGGACAAAUUUUAUGAUGAUCUCCAUUGCAUUGAUAUAAGUGACAUGAAGUGGCAGAAGCUAAGUCCCACUGGGACAGCUCCCACAGGCUGUGCUGCCCACUCAGCUGUGGCUGUGGGGAAACACUUGUAUGUCUUCGGAGGGAUGACUCCCACAGGAGCACUGGACACCAUGUACCAAUACCACACAGAAAAGCAGCAUUGGACCUUGCUUAAAUUUGAUACUUUUCUACCCGCCGGACGAUUGGACCAUUCCAUGUGUAUCAUUCCAUGGCCAGGGACUUCUGAGAAAGAAGAUUCAAAUUCUGUCACUCUCAACUGUGAUGCUGAGAAAGGGGACUCCACUGACAAGACAGUGACCCAAGGCGGUGACUCACACGAGGAGAGUCAGACUGACACACUGCUCUGCUUCGUGUUUGGUGGGAUGAAUACAGAAGGGGAAAUCUAUGAUGACUGCGUUGUGACUGUAGUUGACUAAUAAACCCCACAUUUGUGAUUUUUAAAUGUCAAAUGAAACCUUAGCUGUUUUAUACCUCCAAAUUAUUUUCUGUACUAUGUAUCCCUCUUGCUCUUAUCUACUUUUGGUAGGUGAAGAAAUGAACUGGAUAGCCCACUGCAAAAUCCUCUAUUAUAUAAAGGGUCUUACCAGCAAUACAACCUAGGUAAGUGUGAUUGGUUGUUACAAAAACAAAUCACAAAAAUGUUGCGGAAUCAUAAUUGCUAGAU